AUGGACUUCCUCAAGAAUGCCGCGGGUCAGCUCGGUCAGCAGGGCCAGGGCCAGCAGCAGCCCCAGGACGGACAGCAGCAGCAGCAGCAGCAGCAGGGCGGCGGCGGCGGCGGCGGCGGCAUCGGCGGUCUCGUUGCCGGCCUCGCGGGCGGCGGUAACAUCGGCGACAAGCUCAACUCGAUGGGCGGCGGCGGCGCCCAGGGCGAGGCUAACGAGGACUACCUUGACAAGGGCGUCGACCUCGUCCAGCAGCACGUUUUGGGCGAGGGACCCCAGGACAACGAGACCGCCCCCGAGCAGAUGAAGGACGAGGUCAUCUCGGACAUGAUCCGCGACAAGUAUAAGGCAGCUACAGGGAAGGAGUUCUUCAUCGCCGACAAGGAGCAGAAGUUCGGCGGGCUCUAG